AUGGCUAAGCGCACGAAGAAGGUGGGGAUCGUCGGUAAAUAUGGCACACGUUAUGGUGCGUCGCUGAGGAAGAUGGUUAAGAAAAUUGAAAUCUCCCAGCAUUCAAAAUACACCUGCUCUUUCUGUGGAAAGACCAAGAUGAAGAGGAGGGCAGUUGGUAUCUGGCACUGUGGGUCCUGCAGGAAAACUGUCGCCGGAGGAGCCUGGACGUACAACACAACUUCCGCUGUCACAGUGAAGUCUGCAAUCAGGAGGCUGAAGGAGUUGAAGGACCAGUAA